GGUUCCGCGAGCAAAAUAAGAUAAGUUUUUUAUACUGAUGGUGUACUUUCCUGUGCUCAUUGUUUGAUCAAAGUGUGAUUUGUGUGUUGCAAUCAAACUUUUUUCCUUGAAAAUAGCCGUGGAUUACAGCGCUAAAUGCAAAGGUUGUAAGUUGAUAAUAUUGAAGAAAGCGAUUGCAUGGUGAAACUCGUGUGAUGAUGAUAAAAAAUAUUCAUGAUUAACAAGAAAAAUUGUGACUCUUGUGUUUGAUUACGCCCCGUGCAGAGCACGAAACAGAACAAAGCAUAUACGGGGUUGAGUCAUAGAGCAAUAUUGAAAAGUGCUACGAUAGACUCCUGUCCUGUGUGUGCGGUUGCCUUAUCAGGUUCGCUUCGCCAAACUGCAAAAACCCGGAGUUCGACACGACUCUAGCGUAAUAAAAACAGAAAUGGAAGAUUUUACUCCACUGAUCAAUCUACAGAAGAACUGAAAAAUUAACCAAACUCUACAUCAAGCUAUAAAUAGUUCAUGCACCAAGGAUCCUUUGUUCGGAAAGAAAAAUAGCUGAUAUAAUAGAACUACGUAUAGGUGCAUCCUGAUUUCUCCGGAGCCGAUUAUCGGCUACUUGUCUGAGUUUGAAUCCAUCGAACAACGUGAAACAUUCUUUUAGCUCCCGAAGGAUGAAGACCGAUCGCGAACCGCUGCUGGGCGGGUCGGACAAUUCGCUGGAUUCGACCCACAACGAGCAUCAGCAUCUGCUGGCCCGGCCGGAUCUUCGCUCGUCGCCGGAAAACGUGAUCGUCGACGUGGUCAACGAUAGCGACAGUGCGACAGCGAGCAAGGACGAUCAAACGUACGGGUCGGCGAACGCCACGUACGAUCCGUCGAUGCACCGAACGUUAGAGCAUCCGACCAGCAAUCUGGACACGAUGAUCCAUCUGCUGAAGGGUAACAUCGGUACCGGCAUACUGGCGAUGCCGGAUGCGUUCAAAAAUGCUGGCCUCUACGUUGGGCUGUUCGGAACCCUGAUGAUGGGUGUGAUCUGCACCCACUGCAUGCACAUCCUGGUGAAGUGUUCGCACGAGCUGUGCCGACGGUUGCAGGUUCCGUCGUUGAGCUUCGCCGAAGUAUGCCACCGGUCGUUCGAGUGCGGACCCAUUGGACUGCGGCGGUACUCUUCGAUGGCGCGAAAUAUGAUUAACAUGUUCCUGGUGAUAACGCAGCUCGGCUUCUGCUGUGUGUACUUUGUGUUCGUUGCGGCGAACAUCCGCGAAGUGAUUGCGCACUACUUUUUCGAUCUGGACACCAGAAUCUAUCUGUUGCUGCUGUUGAUACCGAUGGUGCUGCUGAAUUUGGUUAAGAAUCUUAAGUUUUUGACACCGAUUUCGCUGAUUGCGGCGUUUCUCACUGUUGCGGGUCUGGCUUGUACCUUCUACUACGUACUACAGGAUCUUCCGAACACGCACUCAGUGAAACCCUUCUCAUCGCUGGCACAACUUCCGCUCUACUUCGGAACGGCGGUGUAUGCAUUCGAAGGGAUCGGUAUUGUGCUUCCGCUGGAAAAUAAUAUGAAAACUCCGGACGAUUUCGGCGGCUGGACCGGUGUCCUAAACACGGGAAUGGUUAUCGUGGCCUGUCUGUACACGGCGGUUGGUUUCUUCGGCUAUCUCAAGUACGGCGAUAAUGUUCAGGGAAGCAUUACACUCAACCUACCGGGCGAUCAAUUUGUUGCCCAGCUGGUUCGCAUCAUGAUGGCGUUGGCAAUCUUCUUCUCUUACGGAUUGCAGUUUUACGUCCCGAUGACCAUCCUAGCGCCAGUGAUAAAGCGUCGCUUACACUCGGAGCAGGCUCAGCUGAUCGGUGAGUACUUGACGCGCGUAGGUUUGGUCGUUUUUACCUUCAUGCUGGCGGCGAUGAUUCCCAAUCUGGGCGCGGUUAUUUCACUGGUCGGUGCCGUCAGCAGCUCGACGCUGGCGCUGAUUUUCCCCCCGCUGAUCGAAAUCGUUACAUUCUGGCCCGAUGGUUUGGGCAAACGUUACUGGGUUCUGUGGAAGGAUAUUGCCAUUAUGGCCUUCGGUAUCUGUGGGUUCGUGUUCGGUACGUAUACCAGUAUAGCGCAGAUUUUGAAUCCGAAUCUACAUUAGGAGGUGUGGCCUGGUUUGUAAAUAUUACUCUUGAAAGUGAGAAACUAUAUUUAUACGGGAUUGCAACACACAAAAAUGUGAAUGUGGUUUAGCUAAAUCAAACUAGCGACUGUGUGGGGCAUGUUCGAUUCUGCAUGUGAUUAUAAAUUUUAAGUUUUUAGUCUAUACUAUUAUUCCCUUAAGGAAAAAGUUUAGGAAGGAAAUAGGGUUUCGUUUGGUUGAAUGCAGUUGAACCGGAAAAAGUGAGCAGAGUAUGGAAACGGCGUACAGGCUUUAAUUAAGUCAUCAACUAUUGUCGAAACUUAAUGGGUUGCUUAAAGAAUGAAGCUGGUAAAUACUUCAAUGUUUAAUAGAAUAUUUGAGUGUUGCAAUUUCUGAAACUCUCAAAUCAAUGUCCUAAACACAAAUAUCGACAUUUUUUCAGUUAAUUUCUAAUUUUUUGUUGGACAGUAGCACAGAUUGAAUGAAUGUUUAAGUAAAGAGUGUAGCGUCGGUAUCUGAUUGCAUUAUUUUGUCUUGUACGAGUGAUACCUUACAGUUCUACGUUGAGGAAAAAAAAUCCAGUAGAAGUUCUGUUCAAUUUUCAACCCUAUUAGCAAAUACAAUAAAACGAGGUGAUAAAUUGCGACGGAAGGCUAUUCUAGCUCAUUUAUUACUUAUCAAAUAAUUUUUGCAUGACAAUAAUCUAUACAUUACAUCUGUAUAAGUGAAUAGAAAGUAUACCAAGUAUAAAUAUAUAACUAGCAUAAUCAUUUACUAUUCGAAAAAGGGCUGUAUUAUUCUGCCAAAUUAAAGACAAAGUUUAUGAAUAAAGCGUUUUCUUGCAAUCUGUUAAAUAUUCCAAAUAAUUUGUUUCGUUGAAGAGUGGCUAUACCACCUAUAUCAAUAUGUUCAGUACAAACAUAAGACAAAAUCGUAUUGAACUGAUUAAACCAAUUUAGUAAAACGUUAAAGUAAUGGUUGUAAACAUUUGCUGAUCUGUUAUCUGUUCUUUUCGGCAUUUUAAAUUCAAUUCUUAGGUUUAUUUGGUUUCCAAUUCCCACCUAAAAGAUUUUAUUGUGUAAUGAUUUUGUGUUUGAACAAGUGAUAUAAUCGUAAUCAAAGUAGACACUGAUUCAGUCAAAAUGUCAAACUCUAAUUGCAGAUCCAAAAUAACGAAGCCAUGAAAAUAACCUCUCCUUAUUUGAAAAUUUAAUAAAACCAUCUUAAUGAAAAAAUAAAUCCGGCUAAAAAUACAAUUUUAGACAUUACAUUUAGAUGUUACUACAUGAUAGACGAAUCAGUUCGGCUAAAAUACCAGCAUUCCACGGAAGAUUGCAUCAGCAAUCUUUCAAUAAUCUACCGCAACCAAUAAAUCGAAGCUCAAAAUGUGUAAUAUCUUCAAUCUUUGAUAGCAAGAACCUCAGCUACCAGCAUACAUCCUUAUCCGAUAUUAGCGUGUUCAGUGUUUUUUGUGUUACUAACCUAGAAAGUAAAAAAGUAAACAUUUAGUAGACGCAUUUGAUAACGAAUUAAUACUGUGCUAACCCCAAAAUACACAAAAACCAAAAUAAAUAAUAAGAGGACGUGACGUUUCAUGAAGCAGUCAUAAAAAGAAACUAAAGGAUAAUAAUUAUACACACAAAUCAAAACUUCCAAACGCGGAAUUGAAG